AGCGCUAUGGCCACAGCGGCGCUGUACAGCCUGUACCAUGGCCGGUUAAAAACCAAUGCGCCACCGCAAUCGCUGCCGCGGCAACUGCUGUGUAAUGCUAAAGCAGAGCUAGGAAUUUUGAGGCCUAGAGCCGAGAGGUUAUGGAUGAAUCCCCGUCUUGUUGUACAUGCAGUUGCUGCUAGUGAAAGUGGAAAGGGAAGAGGUGGCACUGAAAAUGCAGCUGCCGUUUCUGUCGCGAAAACCUCCGCGCCGCCGUCUCCUCCUCCAGCUCGUCCUUCCCGGGUGAAACGUCAUACAAUCUCAGUUUUUGUUGGAGAUGAAAGUGGAAUAAUAAAUCGAAUUGCUGGUGUUUUUGCUCGGAGGGGUUACAACAUUGAGUCUCUUGCUGUUGGAUUAAACAAAGAUAAGGCCCUCUUUACAAUAGUUGUCUCUGGAACUGAAAAGACUUUGCAACAAGUUGUAGAACAACUCAACAAGCUUGUGAACGUCUUGAAGGUGGAAGAUCUGUCCAGAGAACCACAAGUCGAACGUGAACUGAUGCUCAUAAAGCUCCACGCAGAUUCAAAAACAAUAGCGGAAGUCAUGUGGUUGAAGGAUAUUUUCAGAGCAAAAAUCGUGGACAUAUCAGAGCAUUUUCUGACUGUUGAGGUCACUGGAGACCCUGGAAAGACGGCUGCUGUUCUAAGAAAUUUUAGCAAGUUUGGAAUUAAAGAACUUGCAAGAACUGGAAGGAUUGCUUUAAGGAGAGAAAAGAUGGGUGAGACAGCUCCUUUUUGGAGGUUUUCUGCAGCUUCAUAUCCAGAUCUUGAGGGAACAGUACCUGCUCGACCAAUUUUAAAGAAUAGAGAUAGACUGUCCGGUGGAAACUCCAGUGACCCCCCAAGAGGCGAUGUCUAUCCUGUGGAACCUGAUGACAACUACGUAGCAAAUCAAGUUCUUGAUGCCAACUGGGGUGUUCUAUAUGAUGAAGAUUCAAAUGGACUUCGAUCACACACUUUGUCGAUGCUUGUUAAUGACUCACCUGGAGUUCUGAAUCUAGUCACAGGGGUUAUAUCUAGGAGAGGCUAUAAUGUUCAGAGCCUUGCUGUAGGUCCUGCAGAAAAGGAAGGGGUUUCACGCAUUACAACUGUUGUUCCUGGAACUAAUGAAACUAUUGGUAAAUUGGUGCAGCAAUUCUACAAGUUGGUAGAUGUCCAUGAGGUUCAAGAUAUCACGCCCUUGCCGUUUGCGGAGAGGGAACUGAUGUUAAUCAAGGUUGCUGUGAAUGCUGCAGCUAGGAGGGACGUCCUUGAUAUUGCCAGUAUUUUCCGAGCUAAACCAGUUGAUGUAUCUGACCAUACAAUAACAUUAGAGCUCACCGGAGAUUUCAAUAAGAUGCUUGCAUUGCAGAAAUUGUUGGAGCCUUAUGGGAUUUGUGAGGUGGCAAGGACUGGACGAGUUGCAUUGGUGCGAGAAUCAGGUGUGGAUUCUACAUCGCUUCGAGGGUACCCUCUUCCUUUAUAGUAAUCGUAUAUGAUCUCAUUGCAACCUAGAGAAAAAACUAGCAGUGUGGAUGAAACUUCAGUCUUAGGUUUAUAGAGAAGGGGCUAAGUGACAGAUUUUGUGCCUUUCUUUAGUUGAGGAAUCUUGUUUAUCAUGAAAGGGUACUUCUUUUUCCGGAUAAGUCCUCCUUGUAGUGUUGUACAAUUAUGCAAUGUUAUAUCAGGAACGUUACAGAUAGACAUUUCCAAUCAA